AUGGUGCGCUCCGCCACCGCGACCGCGUGCGUGCUCGCGGUCUGCUGCGCCGUCCUGCGGGGCACCCGGGCCUUCCUGCCGGCCCCGCAGGGGCUGCGCGGCGAGGCAGUGGCUGCGGCAAGCGUGCUGGCCCUGGGCGCGGCCGACCCGGCGCACGCGUUCACCUACAACGGCAAGGAGUACUUCGACGUGUUCUACGGCAUCAGCCCCUUGGCCUGGGGCUUCUGCGCCUUCUGCAUCGUCUUCUACGGGGCCGUCCUGAAGAACGCCGCGCUGAAGUACAACACGCCAUACGGCACUACCACCGACCCGAACGCGAAGCCGAUCAAGACCGGCGGCUUCAAGGGCAAGGAGGCCGAGAAUUCGGAGCCCGCGUUGAACGUGCUGAUCAACAAGUAA